GGUGCCCAUACCACUCAAUGCCUGGUACAUACUGAGCCAAGCUGCCAAGCAAUACCAGAACGUCAAGCGGCCGCACGACCUCACGGGCUACACGUGGACUUGGGCUGCCCUGAAACGCGGAGACAAGCCUCUGUGGGACGACCAUGUCGAGUAAUUCCUGGACACAGAGAAGCAGGCUUACACCCUGCUUGUUACGGAGAACGAAGAAAAUGCAUAUAAGAAACGCGUCCUGGGUGUGAUGGAACAGCGGGUCGCGUCCAUCAAUCCUAGCAAAGACCUUCCUGCCUCUGCUAUACCGGACGUCGAACGCACUACGCGGCUUGCCGCGGUUUCCGUGGCCUGUCAUUUGGGCUCAAAGGUUAAAGACGAUGCCACGUUUGACACAAUGUUGGUUUCCAAGAAGCCACAGACGACGACGCAGAACCAGGAGGCGCCUUUGGUGCUUCGCUUAGCAUUUGCGGCAUGUGUCCCUAAAGGCGCAGCCGGCAGCCGUGUCAGCGCGAUAGCUCAAGAGACUCUCGACGGGCAGGUGAGCGCAGCUGAGGCGGACAAGGUUCGAGUUUCCCAACAUUUCCGUAAAGAGGUGCUGGAGCAGCUUUCCAAAAUACAAACGGUUCCAACGCAGGAAGACUUCACGAGAACGCUGAACAACUUGGCCAUUUUGCAUAUCGUGAGAACUUCGGAUGAACUGGAAAUCGUGACGGAAUGCGCUAUUCGCAGUAAUUUAAGCGCCGUUGUCACCGAUCCUCCAAUGAAAGACGUCGCGGAAGGCGUUUUCGUUCACGCUCCGCCCUUCCAGGCGCCCCCUGCAGUCCAAGCCUGGAUAAACGACCAGCCUUAGGCGGUGCUGUCAGAGGCCGGAUGGGCGCAUGGACCUUAUUUCAGUUCGCGCAACCUUGUUUGUUGGCUGUAAUAGCGCAAUGUGAUUGUCGGUACAGGAAAGACGAACUGGAUUACUACGCUUCCGUAGUAUGAGUUAUUUGUUAGCGGCCAGUAUGUGCGAUUUAGAAGAUAAUAUAAUAUCGUUAACUGAGCUGUAAGUGCGAUUUUAUGUGCUUUUGUCCUUUCAGUUCACUGUUAUGUGGUGUGCUGAUGCGUUAUUGUGCGGAACACUAUUAUGCGCUAAAGCAAAAAUAUUUAGUGCUAGCACAUACUUGAUAUGCAUACA